AACCGAACCAUCAGAACCGUCUUUACAACCAAACGUGAGCCUCAGAACCAGAAUCCUGCUUUAAGGUCCAUAAAGACCUGCACUCUGUCCCCGACCCCCCAGGCUCCAGCUGCUGCCUCCAUACAGAAGAAGCUCACCUGUAUGUUCAUCCCUGAUGGACAGGUGUCAAUCACAGCUCAGAUUGACAGGAAGGGCUUCUGUGAGGGUGAAAACAUAAACAUCAAUGCCAAGUUCGAGAACACCUGCUCCCGGAUCGUGGUGCCGAAGGCCGCCAACAUCGCCAAACACACCUUCGACAUCAGUGGACACACCAAGGUGCUGCGGCAGAAACUGACGGCGGUCCGAGGAAACCCCAUAAUCUCAGGAAUGUGUGACAUGUGGCAGGGCAGGACCUUCAGGGUCCCCAAACUGAAGCCUACACUGCUUGGCUGUGACAUCAUCAAGGUGGACUACUCCCUGAUGAUAUACUGUACCUGCACAUUCCCGGCAGUGAGAAGCUGGUUCUGGAGCUGCCCUUGGUGAUUGGAACCGUCCCUUUCAGCGGUGUGGGCAGCAGAACUAGCAGUGUGAGCAGCCAGGCCUCGGGCAGCUGGACCUCCUUCCC